CAUCAUCACAGAAAAGAAUGAAGUACAAUGUCAAAUAAUAAUAUACGUUGUUACAGCGUUAAACAUAUGCAAUUAAUUACAUGCACUGGUUACUGCAUACAUUUUCAAAAAGGAGAACACUUUAACCUUUUUAAUUGUGAAGUUGUGUGUGGCAUAUGCAAUGCCUCUAUGAUCCCACUACUUAUUUAUUUAUUUUUUCUUCUGCAGAUCAGGUUUCUUGUUUUGGUACCAUGAGUUGGAACUUCUUGACUAGAUUGCUUGAUGAGAUCUCCAACCAUUCCACUUUUGUGGGAAAGAUCUGGCUCACACUCCUCAUUAUCUUCCGAAUUGUUCUGACAGUGGUGGGCGGUGAGAAAAUCUAUCAAGAUGAACAGGACAAGUUCGUAUGCAAUACUGCACAACCCGGUUGUAAUAAUGUAUGCUAUGAUGCAUUUGCCCCUCUAUCACACAUCCGAUUCUGGGUCUUUCAAAUCAUUAUGAUCACCACACCGUCCAUUAUAUACCUCGGCUUUGCCAUGCACAAAAUUGCUCGAAUGGCUGAUGACGAAUACCGACCACGUAAGCACAAACUUUCUAUGGUUCAUCGAGGACUGAGUCGUGGCUAUGACGAGGCUGAUGAAGUUCCCAUGAUCUUGGAGGAGACUGUGCCCUCUGAAAAGGAUAGUAAAGCGGUAGCUGCAGCCAAGUCUGCCCCUGCAUCCAAUGCUACGUCUACGAAGCAUGACGGCCGUCGUCGAAUCAAGAAAGAUGGUCUUUUGAAGGUGUAUGUGCUACAGUUGAUCUCUCGUGUUGCGUUUGAGAUGGCCUUCCUUUUUGGCCAGUAUGUUUUGUAUGGUUUUGAAGUUGCGCCAUCCUACAUUUGCACCCGAAGCCCAUGCCCACACACCGUGGACUGCUUUGUCUCACGUCCCACUGAAAAGACCAUCUUCCUGGUCCUCAUGUAUGUUGUCAGUAUACUCUGCCUGGUGCUGACUGUGCUGGAAAUCCUUCAUCUGGCAAUUGGUGGUGUGAGGGACACUCUCCGUAGUCGAUCGGCUCGGAGGCUUCCCAUACACAGGUCAUCCACAUCCACUAUCUGUCACCGCCUUGCUAGUGCACCCCCGGGAUAUCAGGCUGUCCUGAAAAAGGACUCCACUAGCAAGCUUAAGGCUGAGGUCCUGGGAGAGUCGGGACGGGAGUCAUUGGGUGAUGACAACACUGGUCGUGAUCUAGAGCGUCUACGGAGACACCUGAAAAUGGCACAGCGACAUCUGGAACAGGCCUACCACUCUGAGGAUGUGGGGGCUUCACAUAGCAGCGGUCCAGACUCUAACAGCGCUGCCGUUGAGCAAAACCGACUCAACCUAGCUCAGGAGGGCUAUGUCAGCUCUAAGGAAAAAGAGGGUCAUGCUUGAAGAGACUAAUGCCUUUCCAUCAAACAAACCAACUCCAGGCUGAGAUGCAAAUUUUGGUGGGCAGUUGUUGACAAGAUUUUGUGUGUUUUUCCUGUUCAUCUGGCAUUGAAUGGAUAAACUCAAAGCUCAGAAACAAAUAAUGGAAAGCAAUUAUUGACAAGAUUUUGUGUGCUCCUCUAAAUGCAUAUCAGAAGAAGUGUUACUUCGAGUAUUAAAACCAUAGCUGCCAAAUUUAAAGACUAGAGAAACACCAGCUCUUAAAAUCCACACUACUGUACCUUUCUUUAUAAAGAAAUUAUAUUUGCUCAUAUUGAAAGAACAGCAUGACAACAAAGACACAUUCCCUGUGUUGUUGGAGAUAUUUAUAAGUAUUGUUCAUUAUUAUCAGUUUUAGCAAAUCAGUAUUAAUUGAAGCAUUUAGCCAAAAUUCACAGACCAUCGAGUUCAGAUUAUUAUAAUGAAAUGAAAGAUGUGUCUUCGUCCGAAAAACAGAAGUGCUUGUGUUUUAUGUUAUGUUGGUUUUUGAUUGGAGUACAGUCUUCCUGUGUGGUCUAAUAUUUUUGGAACAUUGUCCUAUAUGUAAAUAUCGUAGGUUGAGAGAAACCCUUUCAAUUAGAAGCAAUAAAGGUGUUCUUUUUUCUUGUUGAUAUGCAUUUUGAGGAUUUUGCAUGUAGAACUUUUGAAUUAAAUUAUUAUUGCAACGCAUCUGACCAGAUUUUGAAAAAAAAAACAA